UCCAGGUGUCAAUAAAUCAAAUUCGCCAUAUAGUAAUGGAAUUUCUUCUUUUUCAAUACGCUGGGAAUCUCUUUGAGCUGAGUCAUUGUUUUUGCAAUGCACCAUAUCGCUUAUGUUAUGUGAUUCGAGAGUUAGCUGUGUACUAAAUAUUUGAAUACGUAGUUAGUGGUUCUCUGUAACGCUUACGAUAAAGGUGUUGUUUCAAUUAAUUUUUAUUAACAUAAAAAAUAUUUUAUAAAGGAAAAAAAUUAUUUAUUUUGGACUCUUAUUGAAAAAAGAAAAAAUACAAGCAAAAUGGAAAAAUGCGUUAUUUUAAUUGAACAACAGAAAGAAAUUGCUGUAUCAAUUUGUAAUAUAUCGGAUAAAUUAUAUUGUCUGAAUACUACUGUUGGAUUGUUGGAACUAUUAAUCGAUGAAGUUAAAAUAAAAUGGGCUAAAUUCAAUGAGAAUAAUAAUCAACUUUAUGAAAUAAUGAUGAACCUUAAUUUGGAUUUAAAAAUUGAUGACAGUAAUGAGAGAAGAGUGUUAUUACUAGGAUUAAAUAAUGCUGGUAAAACAUCUGUUAUGAAUCAAAUAAUAUCAAUAGAGGAUAAAAAUAAUUUAUAUAGAGUACCUCCUAAAAAAACAGAUGGUUUUGCGGUUUAUGUGUUAAAUAAUAAAAAUUAUAUAUGUAAUGUAUGGGAAAUUGGUGGAUCUGAUGAAGUAAGAAAGCAUUGGAAUAAUUUUUUACAAGAUACUGAUUUAUUAUUAUUUAUGGUCGAUGCCAGUGAUGCUAAUCAAUUAUCACAAGCUGUAUUAUCUUUAAAAGAAAUAUUAGGUGAUAGUAGAAUGGAUAAUGUACCUAUUUUGGUUAUUGCUAAUAAACAAGACGUCCCAGAUGCCUUGAAAGCAGAUCAAAUAAAACGCGCAUUAGAUUUACACAGUAUUUCGCCGCACAAACAUAAAGUCGAAGUGAUAACUUGUCAAACAAAACCACUUCCCGAUUUGGAGCCUGGUGUUAACGAGUACUCUUACUAUCAUCCCAGUAUGAUAAAUGUCAGAAAAAAAAUAUUUUCACUGGCUUCUGCCACUUAAACCUUAAACGUCCUCGUGUUAAUUAAUAUUAAUUAACAGAAAAAAUAUAUUAAUAUUAAAUUUAUUUAAGUGAAUAAAUAAAUGAUAUAUUUUUAUGUUUAUAUUUAUGAAAAAAAAAAAACUAUACAAUUAUUUAAUUGUAAGGAUAAUUAUUAAAUCAAAGGAAAUAUUUUUUUUUCAAAUUUAUUUUUUAUGUUACUUGAACUAUUCCAUUAUAAUAAUACUGUUUAUAAAUAAUAAAGAAAUAAAAUAUGGUUUCUAACAAACAAUUUUUUUUAUAAACAUCAACUAUUUAACUCCUGGUAUAUCACUAUAAGAAUAUUUAUCCUUUUUAAUCCUAUUAAACCACUUUCUUUCAUCAGAGCUUAUAUUUUAUUUUAUUGUUUAAGACUUUAAGAAAACCCGGACUUGUCACCUCCAGAGAAAUCCUAUAAA